UCCCACACCUCGCAAGGAUAAUUCUACGGAAGCCCAUAGGGUGCAAAAAUGAAAUGGUCCACGCCUUUUACUCGCACCAUCGGUGGAGAGAAUGCAUUGUACGUGAUAUGAACUGGCGUCUGGGGGCUUAACGCUGUUUCAUGCAUUCAGUGAACGAGCUGUUUUUUUCCUCCUAUAAAUUGCUGAGCUCAUGGUCCGCUUGCCAGCUGUCCGUGUGCACCGAUGAUGCACUACUCCAGCUGGCUCAUUGGCGUGAAGAACAGGGCAAGCCUGAGAAAUGCGCGCAGGGCAACCCCUGACGCGCACCGGGUCAGCAGCGUGGAAACGCAGAGCAACGUCCUGCGGCCCGACGAGAACCCGCCGGGGCUGCUGGUCACCGCCCACCUCCGGAGAAAAGGUUACAAAAUAAUCAAGAAAAUUGGAGAGGGCACAUUUUCCGAGGUGCUGAAAACUCAGAGCCUUAAAGAUGGGAAGUUUUAUGCGUGUAAAACAAUGAAGCAGACGAUUAACAGUCUGGACCAGGCCAACAACCUGCGGGAGGUCCAGGCCAUGAAGAGGCUGAGCCCCCACGCAAACAUCAUCCAGCUGCACGAGCUGAUUUACGACAAGGGAACCGGGACGGUCUCCUUGAUAUGUGAGCUGAUGGAGAUGAACAUCUAUGAGCUGAUACAAGGGAGACAGACGCCCCUGCCGGACCACACGGUGAAGAGCUACAUGUACCAGCUCUGUAAAUCCCUGGAUCACAUGCACAGCUCUGGGAUCUUUCACAGAGACGUAAAACCUGAAAAUAUCCUCAUCAAACAAAACGUGCUGAAGCUCGGCGACUUUGGCUCCUGCCGCAGCGUGUACUCUCAGCCGCCUCACACCGAGUACAUCUCCACGCGCUGGUACCGGGCGCCGGAGUGCCUCCUGACCGACGGCUACUACGGCCUGAAGAUGGACGUCUGGAGCGCCGGCUGCGUCUUCUUCGAGAUCAUGAGCCUGAAUCCCCUCUUCCCUGGAACCAACGAGCUGGACCAGGUGACCAAGAUCCACAACGUGCUGGGCUCGCCGGAGCAGAGUCUGCUGCAGAAAUUCAAAAGGUCGAGGGCGAUGCAUUUCAACUUCCCUCCAAAGAAAGGGAGCGGCAUCUCACGGCUGCUGCCCAGCUGCCCUGCGCCUGCGCUCUCCCUGCUCUACCAGAUGCUGGCCUACGACCCAGACGAGCGCAUCGCUGCAGGAACCGCCCUGAGGCACACCUACUUCAGGGAAACCAGGAUGGCAGAGAAGAAAGCAGAGACCCUGCAGAGAGUUUCUGAGAACCUGGAGGGGACCCAGAACUCGUUGGAGCAAAUCUGGCGGCCGGGCCGCCUGGGCAAACAGCUGAGAGGGAGACUGCCCCGACAGACGCCGCUGCUGCUGAACCACCAGGUGAGGCGCGGAGCCGACCUCCUCCCCCGCAGGAACGGCCCCCGUCCCGCGGAGCUGGCCCGGCUCAGCGCGGCGCCCCGCGGGGGGACGCAGCUCUCCUUCUCCGCCAUGCCUGCCCUCCCCGUCGGCCACAGAGGCGCGCCGCUGCCGCCCAUCACGCCAAAGAAGUGCCAGUCGCAGGUGCUCCAGCCCCAGGACGAGCCGCCCUGCGCCGCCGUGAAGACCUUCUGCUGGCCUCCUCUGGAGCGCAAGCCCGGAGGAACCUGAGAGCCGCAGCGGCCGCCAGGAGAGCCGUCAGCCGGCGCUGGAGCGGAGAGCCGCCGGUCCACAAAUAAAACACGUCAUAUGAUAAUUA